AUGUCCUGGCUCGGCGCGCCCUCGGCUGCCCCAGCGUCGUCGCUGCGGCAACGCGCGAGCCAGCGCCCCGCCACCGCCGAGAAUGGCCACGGCCAUGGCACCUCACACCGCCCCCGAGCGCGCAGGCGCAAGUCUGCUGCCCCGCCACUCACAGCCCACGGAUACGUCCAAGAGGCCUUUCGCCUGUUUGGCGAACACAUUGCAAGAAACCAAAUCCGAACCCUCCUCAUCGACUGCGUCAUCAUGACCACCCUCUUCUACCCGACCUUCUCGGCUUUCCUCGAGCGUCAGUUCGACGAGGCUGCGGCGCCCGCACGCGCCCCCGCUCCUGGCGCAGUCGGCGCUCCCCGCUCCCCACUCUCAAUCCUCAGCGCGCCAGUAGGCGAAACGUUCUUCCCCGAUCCGCCGCCCCUCCUUCCCAACGUGCCCUGGGGACCAUGGUGGGCUGGCGACUCUAGAAGCGAUACGGCUUGGGUUGCGGCCAAUGGACCCGCACCCUCUCCAGAGGGACGGAUCGACGUCGACCUCCUUCGCGUCGCGUGGGCAGACGUUGGCCACGUUCUCGAUGGAGUCGAACGCGCACCCUGGGGGCAGCAUGACGACCUGAUUGCCUCAGCAAUCCGCACUCUCGCAGAGGGCGCGUGGGACGGCGCCGGAUGUGUCCGCCACCUUGUCGAUGUGAACGGCACCGCUGCCGCCGCAGGACCAUGUUACCUCCUUGCCCCGGAUGGUGUGUUUAUCGACGGCGCAACGCCCAUGUCCGCGCUCUGGAAUCUCACCGAAAACGACGACCAGGUCUACCGCGGUGUCGCUGUGCCCUUCCACACCUCGCGGAAUCGCGUCGCCUUCGAGGCAGAGUGGAUCGCCCGACUGGCCCAGGCCGUCAAGCUCCUCGACGCCGAGGUGUUCACCGAGACGUACCCUACCGGAUCCAACACGGUCGAUUCUGCAUUAAUUGCCUACUCCCCAGGAGCACGCGACAUCCCGUAUGAGCCCAUCCCAGCGAAGCCGCCGAAGCUCGUCUAUCUGCUAUACGUGGGACUCCUUGCGCUGCUCCUUGCGCAGCUCUCGAACGCGUCCAAGGUCCACUCCCGCUUCGGUCUCGCGUUCACUGGCGUGGUGCAGCUAUGCUGCUCGGCCAUCAUGUCGUUCAGCGUCCUCGCGCUGCUGGGCUGGAAUGGCUGGGGCUGGAGCAAGGGGCAGACUGUGCUUCCGAUAUACACGCUUCCAUUCGUCGUUAUCAUCGUGGGCGUGGAGAACAUGUCGUCCCUGACGAAGGCCGUCUUCUCCAUCCCCUUCAGUCACUCAGUUCCCGUCCGCAUCGGGUUGGGACUGCGAAAGGUUGGCACGACGAUCGCUAUCACCUCCCUUACCGACCUAGCGUUGCUUGGCGUCACCUGGCUCCUGUUUCCCCUCCAGCAGGUCCGCGAGUUCUGCGUGUUCGCGGCUGUCGUUAUCGUAACGGACUGGUUCAUGCUCCACACCUUCUUCUUGACGGUUCUCUCCAUCGAUGCCCAGCGUCUGGAACUAGCUGACGUUCUAUCCUCGAAUGGCGGCCUGUCAACUGUGGAGGAGAAGAAGCGCAACGAGGAGGCCCAGCGCCGCAAAGCUAGCCGCCCGAUGCGCUUCCAGUGGCGCAGCUUCGUAAAAGGGCGCAAGACCAAGGGCGUCACCAUGAUCGUCAUCUUCAGCUUCAUUUUUAUUCUCUACUAUUGGAGCGACUCGUCUCGGUCUUCGAGGACUGCCGCGGCCUCGUUCUACGGCUACCAACCGACCGCGACUACGACAUCCUCAUACGCGAGCCCCACCAAGACAGCCGGCCUCGAGCUUGGCACGCUGUCGGUCUCGGAGGCGUUCUGGCGCGCUCUCAACCCCCGCGGCUUCCAGUCGAUCCGCAUCGGCAUCCCCCCUUCUUCGAUCGUCAUUCUGCCCCGGGCCGGGCAUUCGAUGCUACCGGCCGACAUCCGGAGACUCACUGCCCCCUCCUGGACCCUCCGCCUCCCGUCGUUGACACCGGUUUGGAACAUUAUCAGACUGAUUAUCAUUCCCCAGUCGGCGACAGCUUUGACGCUCUACGGUCUGCUGCUCUACCUCCUCAAGGACUCUGACCUCCUGGCCUCGCAACGCAACCGCUUGGGCCGUGGCGAGACCGCGAGCGACGACGAGAGCGACGACGGCGGCGGCUCGACAGCGAAGGAGAUGCAGUUCCUGAGUGGCAAGCAGCCACCCAUGGCUACCGGGAUCGGUGUCCACAUGUUACCAGCGAGCCACGAAUUCGACAUCGACGUCAUCGCCACCAGCGCCGACGGACGGUUAGCGGUCUCGGUGGCCGUGGACAACUCAAUCUGCCUGUGGCGCUUCCACCCCGACGAUCAGGCUUCCGGCACACGCGAGAUGGUUCCAACCGAACUCAGCAGCGACGAUCCAAUCGUUGGUGCCGCAGUCAGCCGCGACAGCAUGUGGGUGGCGGUUGUAACUAGGUGCGGGCGGACCGAGUUCUGGAGAACGGCCGAUGAGGACAAGACGGAGCGAGCGUGUGUCGUCAAGAUCGGCUGCGGCAACGGCGAUGUUGCUUCAGUCUUGUUUGAUGAUGCGCCAACUCCUAUUGACGACCCCUUUGCUGCCUCCCCAGUUUCUCCAACCUCCGGCGACGUCCGGCGCCCGACUCUGCUCGUUGUAGUCACCGACGGCAGCGUACGCGCGCUCAAAGACGACGAUAUCGUCGUGGAUGUCGUUCCUCCGGCCAAGGACGAAGGUCCGCACACGACCGACGUGUUCGCGGAGGAAGGCAUACUCGACAUCAUCGUCAGGUCGCUCUUGACGACCACCCUCUGGAGCCGGCAGCGCGGCGAGUGGUCGUCGAUGCGCUUGAUUUCGUCACUGGCCGAGUCUGACCGUGUCGUGGCGGUCGGGCAUGCUCUUACAAGGUGGCGCGGCUAUAAAGUCCGCCUCAUUGCACUGGGACACCGCUCCGGCAACGUUGAGAUCAUCGACACGGACGGUGAGAUGGUCACGUUACUCGCGCUGUCCAACGAUCCCAUCAGGGCUGUCGACAUUGGCACUCCUCACUCGACCCGUUGCACGUCGUGCGACAUCCACUCGACCGAGGGCUUCUACGUUAUCGCAUCGACAUCGUCGACCGUCUACGUCGACCGCAUUGUGUCUAGAACGGGAGGUCCGUUCUGCCGUUGCGCUCCGGCUCGUCGUGCACAGGCGCUCGAGGAUGCCAAGGCGCUGAUCCGCGCGAGCGUCGUCUUCCCGCCGAUGCCCGUACGAAGCCGCUGCCUGUCCAACGGCUUCUCGACCUUCGCAGCGACGACAAUGACCACAUCGCCAAGCGCUAUGGGAACUCCUGUCAAGUCGUCACUGGCGCCUCCAGGAGACUUCCAGGUGUCUUCCCAUGGUGGGCGAAGGUUAAGCGGAUGGCGAGAGGAAAACCGGCCGCCUUCGCCGCUGGACCGGUCCGGCUCUUUCACGGGCCUGAACAACAUGAUCUUGCCAGUGGAGGAGACGGCGACGCUGGCCGCGGACAGCCGGUGGAUGGAUGCCGGCAUUCUGCCGCUCGGGGGAGUGGAGGCGUCGGAAGGAGGAUGGGUGUUAGUCGACCAUGUGGUGGUUGGCCUCUUGCGCAAAGGCAGUGGCAUUGACGACUCGCAGUGGGAGCUCUGGGCGCUCGAUCUUGCGAGCCCGUGGAAUGGCUUCAUCCUCAUGGCCGAAGCGGUGUCGCUCGACGCGAUUCAGCGCAAGACCGCCACGUCUCCGCGGAGUCCUUCUACUCCGUUGGAUGCCGGCGAACUCUCGAUGCGCACUCGCCGCGCCGAGCGUAUGCUGAGCAUGAACGGGCGCGCGUCGUUCCCCUCGAGCGCGGGGAGCUUCACUGUUCCGACCCAUCAACCUCUCGGCUAUGUCUCAGUGAGGCCAUUCACAUCAGGCGGCCGCGCAGUGCUUGCUGGAUUCGGCAACCGCGUCGGAGUCCUCACGCUCCCGCCGUUCAAGCCCGCCCCACCGCCCACGCCGGCGCCCAAGCCGGCCAUGGCGAUCGGGACCCCGCAGCGCAACGGCCUCCCCACGCCACCGCCUCAGCAGCAACCGCCGCCGCCUCCACCGCCGCAACUCCAGGUCGCGCUCCCGCCGCGUCCGCCGCGGCGAUCACAAGAUGUUGGCUCGGGCAACGGCAACGGGAGUAUAAUGCACAGCCCGGCCAAAAUCAAAUAG